ACACUUUCAUUUUGUUCUUGUUCUUGUUCUUGUUCUUCUUCUGUUUCAUUCUCACUGAAACAAACAAACAAAAACUGUUCUUACCUCUUACGGCACAAAAAAAAAACAUGACACUUUCUUCUUCUUCUUCACUCAGUUUCACUAUUUCCAACACAUCACAAUCCAUCAUCAACAACACUAUUCCUUCUCUUAACACAUUCUGUUCCAUCACUCUCAACAACAAUUCCUUCAAUAAAACCCAUCAUUUCAGAAUCCACUGCAUCAAUCAAGGCCCUCUUUAUCCCUUAGAACCCUCCAAAUCCGAUCAACCUUCAAUCGGCGUCAACGACGGCGGAAAUGAUGACGAUGGCGGAGACAAUUUCAACGGCGGAGGAAACGGAGAUGAUGGAGGAGGAGAAGAAGAAGAUGGUGAUGAAGAGUUUGGACCAUUGUUGAAUUUUGAAGCUGUAAUGAAAGAAGCUGAAGCUCGUGGUGUUAAAUUACCUUCUGAUAUGGAAGAAGCUGCUCGGGUCACUGGCAUUCGUGAAAUGUUUCUUCUUCGUUACUUGGAAUUACAAGGUUCUGCUUGGCCAUUGUCUUUUCUGAUGAAGAAUUGUUCUAUGUUGAGAAAUCGAAUGUUGGCGGAUCCUUCUUUUCUCUUUAAAGUUGGAACCGAGAUUGUUAUAGACUCUUGUUGUGCAACAUUUGCGGAGGUUCAGAAAAGAGGCAAGGAUUUCUGGGCUGAAUUUGAGUUGUAUGCUGCUGAUCUUCUUGUUGGUGUGGCUGUUGACAUUGCUUUGGUGGGUCUGUUGGCACCUUAUGCACGAAUCGGCAAGCCUGCUUUGUCAAAAGGUUUACUUGGACGCAUUCAACACGCUUGUGCUGCUCUUCCUAGCAGUGUUUUUGAAGCUGAAAGACCAGGAUGCAAAUUCUCUGCGAUGCAGCGCAUUGCCACAUACUUCUACAAGGGUGCAUUGUAUGGAUCUGUUGGCUUUGGAUGUGGUAUUAUUGGUCAAGGAAUUGCAAAUAUGAUCAUGAACGCCAAAAGGAGCAUUAGUAAAUCUGAAGAUGACAUACCUAUUCCUCCUCUUCUGCAAAGUGCUGCUCUUUGGGGUUUCUUCCUUGCCGUAUCAUCCAACACUCGUUAUCAAAUUAUCAAUGGACUUGAAAGCCUAGUUGAAGCAUCUCCGGUGGCAAAGAAGGUCCCACUUGUUGCAAUGGCUUUCACUGUCGGUGUGCGAUUCGGUAACAACAUCUAUGGUGGUAUGCAGUUCGUAGAUUGGGCCAAGUUGAGCGGCGUACAAUAAGCGCCCUUGUCUACACUACCGAUUUGCGCCUUUUUGGUUUUGCUCAUUCUUGUCCAAAAUGGAAGAUUCUUACCCAAGAAGUGAAGCUCCCAUCAUUUUUUCUUCUGUUGGGCAGCCUCUAUUGGGAGUAGAAUAGGACUAUAGCCUUUCACUCAUGUGGCUUUUUGUUCAGUAUCAUUCGAUGUUAUGUAUAAUUCUAUUGGCGAGGAAAGUGGUAUGAUCAACUAAAUUUUGUUACUCUCAUAAACUGACAUAAAUGAUCAACAUUGGUGCUAUUUUAAAAUUUUGUCUGA